CAAACGACAACCAAUGUACCAUCGUAACCCAGACCCAGUCACUGUGGCAAGAUAUUUUGGAAUUAUAGUGUCUUUGUCCUUUUUCGGACUUUCUAGAGAUGGCACACUUCUUUAGGAAAAGCCCUGGUGUCUUGUGUCAAAGUUUGUUAUUCGGAAGGCUGACGAACUUCAUUAUGCAACCCCGGCUGAAAUAAAGAUUGAUAUCCGUCCGGAUGUUUAGGGUUUCCGUAUGGAAAAGUGGAUGAACAUUAUACCAAUGAAGUGAAUGGAGUAAGACUGCAAUCACUGUUGCAUUGGAAUUAAUUUUGGAGUUUUAAUCUUUGAUUGCAUUGUUCUAAACAGUCUGCAGCCUGGCAUGAUUGCUUUGAGCAGAAAUUUUGACAGUAUGCAGACUCCAUUAGGCACCUAUCAUUAUCCCUUGAAGUCUAUGACCAGCUGCAGAACUCUACAAGACAUCGCAGAGAUUCACCUAGAGGAAAACCAUGACCGAAGGGUCUCCUGCAAAUGGCACAGGUUCCGGACUGGACACCCGAGAGAUUACCGGGCUGGACACAGAAGGCACAACGUCAAAUGUGCCAACAGUGUCAAAAGAACGGAACAGAACAUUGCUGACUUCUCCAGGCCACACCUAUGAGCCGGACUCCAAGGACAUAUCUUCUUCAAGAUUGCAAAACAUAUCAGAAGAACUAAACAGACCUUUACUUAGGUUUCCUAGCAAGAGUGUAAACCACUCAAGGACACAUGCUCUUGGAGCAGCGAGAUUUAUUUUAACGGUGCUUGUUCCUUGUGCUGCUCUUUUGGUGACUUUAUCCAUGGCAUUCAUAUUGAUUUCGUGGAGUAAUGCACAAGCGCGGCUCUUGGAGAGGGUAGCGUUGCUGGAAGAAAGACUUUCAGAAGUUAGCAAGAGUUGUAAUUGUAGGAUGCCAACUGAUGGUGAGAGUGGACAAAGAGGCUCCACGAAUGGUGAAAGACGGGAGAACAAGUUCGCAUUUUUGAUGGCGAGUGGUCACGGGAAAGUCUUGGGAGUAGAGACAGAGUCGAAACCUGAUGGAGAUAUUCAUUCCUUACAUGACGUUCAUUCGUUAAAUGAACUUAAAGAAGUUCUAGAAACAGUAACCCCCGAGAUUCAUCCCAAAAUCCUUAUCAAGCUCGAAAACGCAAGGAGUACCUCGCCUGCAUCCUCAGAAGUACCUGAUAGCAGCACCCCAGCAUCAAAAGAUGAUACGCGGGCAUCACUGAAAAGCGUGCCUGUUAUCCCAAAAGACAGUGAAAGUGAAGGAGCCAGAUACAGAAGAGGCGGUAAGAAAAGAGGACGAGACCGAAAUCAGUCGGAUGAGCAGGCCCAGAGAGCCAGAAGUGUCGGAGCGGUAACGAGAGAAGCGGAUCGAAAUUCGACAGAGAUAAGGGGCGUCCAUUUCCAGGCCAAUCUCAAUCGAACCACAACAAUCGGCGUAGGUGAGGCUGGUUGGGUCCCUUACUGGGCUCUAUCCUCGUCAUUACUGAACGCAGGGUCUGCAGGCUACAUGGACGAAAUCAAGAGGGAAUUUCGACUAUCAGCGCGGGGGAACGUUACCGUACGAACUCCAGGAUUGUACUACGUAUAUAGCCAGAUGAUGUACUACGACCCGAAUGAGUACAUCGGUCAUAGCAUCGUGAUCGACGGUGUCGAAGCAUUCACCUGCAUCGCCCCGAUCUCGGAACAGACAAGCAAGUACAAAACAUGCUUCAUCGGCGGUCUCGUGUACCUUCCUCCACGGACUAAGGUUGCCAUCAAGAUGCUCUAUACCCCUCGUCGAGUUUGUCUCUUUGAAGACACAAGUUAUUUCGGCAUGUUUAGGGUUACCUGAGGCUUGUGUAGAUCCGGGUCGAAGCUCGACUUCGUUUGCUUUUACUGAGAGUCAAUAACGACUAAUGAGCCCCAGAUACCGACCGGAGUAAUCAUUCCAGCCCAGACUCGGACCAAAGUCCAUCAUGCAAAGUGAAUAUAGUUCGCAACGAUGAGUUCGAUCUUAUUUCUUAAACAACAUCAGCAGGGAUGGCUUCAUGCUAGAAAAAAAGUUCAUUUUAUAAUCAGAAUUUUGGUUGGGUAAAUGAAUACAUCAUACCUGGUCCAAAGGUAUACAAAGAAAGCCGCAUUAGUUUUCAAAGACAAUCAAUUUAUAUUCUAUAUUUUUCGUGAGUGACGGAUUUAGCAUGCCAUUAUGCAAUCUUCAAUUGAUAUUGUCUAACAUAUAAAGUAGUGACGUUAUAAUAACAACACCAAGAUAAAGUCACUGUUUUCUCAUCUGAAAAAUGUGGGCAUUGGUCAUAUAUUGGUAUUUACACGGCCCAGACCUCUAUUUUCAUACUCUACCUUCGUCGUUCUUCUUACGUUUUCUUCGUAUCUCUUUCUUUUUCUCAAGCUCUUUCCUUCUUUUUUUCAAAAAACUUUACUCUACAGGGGUAUAGUCACCCCCUGCCGCCUACCCCUUUGGAACCACUUUUAUGCUCCUGAACGAGGAACUAGUAGUACUGGUCAGAUGUUUUAUCCAACAAAGUCUGAUAUAUCUGGCAGUUACCAAAGCAACAUUCAGACACCUGUGCUUCUUACCCAAUCAAAAUCAGGGAAAGUUGUCACGUGUCUAAAAGAGAGGGGAACGCUUCAUCAACAAGCGUGUUAUGAUUUUGUUGAUUAAGUCCUGUACGCGAAGGGCAUAAAGUAUAACGCACGGUCAUCAUUAGGUGAAGUUUAUGCUUCAGUAACAAAUCGUGUUCAUCCGUGAGAUUUUGACUCAUUUUCCUAUUUGAAUUAAUUUUAAGAUUCUGUAGACAUGGUAGAUAUGCGCAAGAGCUAUCAAAGUUUGCUUUUAGCUUUUGUACGAAGGCCAUGCAUGAUAAUUUGCAAUAAUUAUUUAAGAUCUCCUUGAGAAAGGAAAUGACUUUCAUUUUUUGGCAAUUGUACUCAAACGUGUUUAGUAAAAAAAAAUGUGUAAACAUCUUUUUGAUCCCCGGUGUCAAGGGGGGAGGGUUGGAGUGAUAAAUUUUACUGUACUUUAUUGGUGCGUGCCGGAAAUUUCUGGAUAAAGGUGGCCCGUUUUUGCGCCUCUCCACUAAGAAAUUCUGGAUUUUGAAUAAGACUUACAUCUAGUUUGCACUUUUUCUUGUACAUAACUCUCUCAAGUUACCGCUCAAAAAGAUCUCUUGUAUAGUAUGUCGAUUUUUGUAUAUUUUGUGGGGUCGCAUAAAAAAUACUGUCAUGUUGUAGAUUUUUCUUACUUCUCAGUGCUUAUUAUGAUUAUGUCUAUAAUUUCAUAUCAAAUGUGGAUACAUACAUUGGGCCAAAUGAAUGUUCUAGUAUGUUUAUAUGUAAAAUGAAUAUGAAGAAAAAGAAGAAAAAAAAAUAGAAGAAGAAGAAUAAAAGAAGUAGUAGUAGAAGAAGAAGAAGGAGGAGGAGGGAAAAAAGAAGGGGGGGGGGGACAACACAUAUGCACUCUUAUACCAAGCCAGGUCUGUUUCACAAAACUGCUCUUCAUGAUGUUACACCCGACUUUACGAACCAACUGGUACAUUUAUUAUAGUGUGUACUGCCAAAUGAGACAUAAGUUCAAGUUUGAAUAUCUUUUAAAAUUGUAUUUUUCUUUGUAUUUAGCAUAUGAAUGAAAAGUUUAUCAUUUGCUAAAAUAUGAUUAUAUGAAAAGCAGUAACAGUUCGUUGCAUCACCAGGUAAAAAAUCUCUAGGUAUUGAAUUUCGAACAGGAACAUUUUGUGUUCUUUGGUAAAGUCAUGCCUUACUUUCCUGGAAACAAUAAUAAACUUAAUUUUGAUUCAACAUUA